AUGGAAGCCGAAGGUAGACUAAGAUUACUGACAACAAGGAGGCAAAGAGACGCACCGUACCAACGAUAUUUUAGACAUAUCAGGGCUCGCUAUGACCUCGAGAGUGACGCAAACAAUAACUUUAGUUACAUGCCGGAUUUGAAUGCAAUCCGAGUACGUCCAUCACGCGAAGAACGGAUUGCAGUACCACCAGUAAGUCCACCAUUACCACCAGUACGUCCACCUCCUGUGCAGGAGGAAAGGGCUCCACCAGCUCCAGUAGAGGAGGAAAGAGCACAACAACCAGAAGAGCAGGAGGAAAGGGCUCCACCACCUCCAGUAGAGGAGGAAAGAGCACAACAACCGCAAGAGCAGGAGGAAAGGGCUCCACCACCUCCAGUAGAGGAGGAAAGAGCACAACAACUACAAGAGCAGGAGGAAAGGGCUCCACAACCACCUAUAAAUCCGAGGCCACGCUUAGACAUGAAUAAUAAUGAUCGCGUCUAA